UACACACUUAUUACACUCAGAAAUAACAUGUGAACUGGGUGUCAACAACACCUCUCUACAGAGUGCCUCCAGUGAGGAAGCUUUCAAAGCAGUAAGUGGUGAGCCGCUAAGAAGCUACAAGCCAAGAGUGCCACUGCAAAACAGCUCCUUCAGACCCAGUUACGUGCAGCUAUUAAAGUGACCGGAAUUGACGAAAGGCGGCGGAGAUGUGAUGCAAGCGGCUUGCCGAAAGUGCAGUGACUGAAAUCUGUUUUUGAGUGUGUGUGUGUGUGUGUGACUGACAGGGGAGUGGAAAAGAGAAGUGACAGAGGCAGCCAGACCUAAUUCCCUCCCCUCUGUGGCAGAGACAUGAGACUGCCCAAAAACACAAGUGCUCAUUUACAAUCCUGAGAAACAAUCAGGCAGCACGGUUUUAAGGCGCCUGAGGAAUGAGGCCCGAAAAUGUAAACUCUUGGAUUAAACAUGAACAUGGAUACGUUAGGUAAACUCGCUGCUCCUGCCACGGCAAAGUUUCGGCAGCUUCAGAAGAUUGUUCAAGACAUCAAGAAAAAUGACGGUGGCAUACUGAACAAACUAAGAAGACUGAAAAGCAAACCAAUUCCAAGCGUCCCUGCGAGAGACUACAGAGACGACAACAAGGAAGGCGACGAUCAACUGUCUGAUUUCGAUUAUGAUCCACAUGAGGAUGACAACUACGAACCUCCUCCAAGCCACAGAUCCUUCACCGCAACUCCAUCCGCUUCCCUGCCGAGAGGAGAAUAUCUCGACAGCUGCCGUAACCGACCCAGCCGGCCACCCAGGAAGCCCCUCCACCCUGGCAAGGGCUCCAAACAACUGCCCCCAGAACCCGCCCAGGUGGAAAGUGAUGAUGAAGACUACAUAAAUCCAGAUGAAGACAACUACAUAGAACCGGCGGAGAACCCACCUGCCAACCUCAUGUUGCACGGUGGGAACAGAAAUAGAAGGGACCAGCCCACCUCGUCUCCUCAAAGUCCUGGUUUUUACGAAGUCCCCAAUCAGGAGACCUCUUUAAGUCUUCCAGCAAACAGCAGAGCGUGUCCAGUCCCCACCACGCAGUCUCACUCUCUGCCACUGAAACCCAGCCCCAGGGUGAACGCGAGGAGAUCUCCCCCUCCAGAGCCAGCGGAUGACGACGAAUACGAAGUCUGCGACCCAGAUGACAGUCACUGUAAAAAAACAGCAGAGGGUCCUCCUCUACCUCUGCCCAGACCUUUACCCAAAGAGAGAUCACCAAAACCACCUUUGAGGCCGAGGCCAGAUUUAAAACCAAGGGAGUUUGAAAGCAGAACACUCCCUGUGGUGCACAAUGACCAGAAACUUUCCCCGAAAGCUUUUACGAUGGACAUGAAGCGACCAAAAAUUCCUCUCCCACAGUUUACCCCCCUCAAACCACCUGAGAGAAGUGUUUCUGCUGAGAACGGGUCAACGGAUCAAGAUAAGGAUGCAGAUGUUUAUAAUAAACCUUGGUAUGCCUCCUCGUGUGACCGCAAGGCCGCUGACGACGCCUUGAUUAGCUUUAACAAAGACGGAGCGUUUAUGGUGAGGAAGAGCUCCGGUCAUGACUCACAGCAGCCCUACACGCUUGUGGUGUUUUACCGGGGAAGAGUGUACAACAUCCCGAUCCGCUUUGUGCCGAACACUCAGCAGUACGCCCUGGGACGGGAGAAGAAAGGGGAGGAGUACUUCCGCACCGUCUGCCACAUCAUCGAGAACCACCAAAGGAAUCCCCUGGUGCUGAUCGACAGUCAGAGCAACUCCAAGGACGCCACCAAGCUGUGCUACCCCGUGAAGCCAUAGAUGACCCUCACCGAUGGCGAGCGGUCGAAACUGAACAUCUCGGUACAAAAAAAAUAAAUAAAAAAAAGGGCUAAUCCAGACCCGUCUACUGCAGUGACAAAAGAAGCACAGGAGAUCUCUAUCACAGAUGUACGAGAGGACUUCAGAAGGCGUGCCUGAGGGCUUGACUGGAUGCAGUGUGGCAGAGGAAUCAUCGUUUUCAUCGUCUUAUCUGUGCUGUGGCUUUGUUAACACCACAUAGAUAGAAGCUCUCAACCAACAUGAGUGAGAGUUUGCAUUGUAGGUGACGUCAUGUGCGUAAUCUCGUCGAGAUUACCGUCUUGGACGUCGACCAAAACCACAAAAUGCAACACUGGUUUUUAGUUCUGUUCCGCCUCUGAAUAUUUCGUUUUCAUUCUAAAAACCUUAUCUCGACUGAAUUUGUCUUCACUUCAGAUAACCGACUACUUUUAACCAAUACAGUUUUUAUUAUUUUAGUCACAUCAUCACACAUUUGGUUGCCUUUUAACCCUCCGCAGAAUCAGCACUGUCAAAUAAAGGCUUCAGUAUUACAUUUGGAGCUACUAUAACUGUAUGUCCCUCUUGCAACAAUGGUUAAAUAACAUUUUUUUUUACAGUGUCAUCAGAAACAUAGAUGUUUGUAAAAAUGAUUUGCUGUGUAAAUUCAUCUUUGUUUUUAACCACAUCUGCAGCAGUUCUUUUUCUCACGUGAUACGGCAACAUCAUUCAGAAUAAACUACAGGGUCGGAUUAAACCGCAGAUCUUCGGCACACGCCCAGAGCGACAAUGAGAUCCAGACAACCCCAUCCUAAACCCUAAACUCCAGCUAAACGAGCAGCAACAGCCCCACUCAGGCCGAUGCGUUUCUCCUCAUCUCAAGGUUCUGCGUCUGCACUGCUGGCCAUGCAGAGCUAAACAGCACUGACUCGGGAGACUUUUUAACUUUUUAUUAAGAUGUAUAAAUAUAUUUUUUUUAACGCUCAGGCGGUAAACAGUGUGUUCAAAUUAAAAUGUGAAGAAUGGGACAGUGUUUCUGUAGUGGAAGGAAGCUGGCAGACUAAUCAUGUGUUUGGAACAAAAUACAAACCUGUAUGUUUUGUAUUAAUAAAACUCUUGUCUUGUGUAA